GUCGCGUCCAAGUAACGGAGGACGUCAGUUUCUACAACAAACAUAGAGCUUGAAAGCAAUCAUAUCGCAAGCAUAAUUUCAAGAAAAAUCUCAUUGAAAGAUGUCUUACAACAGAAAGCAGUUAGUUAAAGUUGAGUUAAGUGUUUAUAAGCCUUUUCAUGGCUGUCCUGGUCGUUACACAGACUAUCUUGUUGCUGUUGUUGGACCGGGAUUACAACUUGGCAACGAGGAUCCAGAUAUUGCUGUACGUUGCAACCCUGUAGGUCAUCACUUCUGGACAAAAACAUUCUGGCUGCCAAAAGAAAAAGAUGUAUACUUCAAGUUUCUUUUAGUUAGGGCUUCCACAAAUGCCAUUGUAGACAUUGAAGAAAUCAUUCCACAUAGAUUACAUGUUGGUCAAAAACCUCUACGUGUAGAAAUAAUGUAUAAUAAAACAGCAACCCUAGUGGAAGAAGCUGGUGAUGAUUUUAAAGCACCACACAAAGGGAAAUAUGAAUUAUUCUACAUUCCUAGUCUCAAUAUUGUACGUUCAGACAGGAUUCAGUUUAAAGCUCCAAGACUUGAAUGUCCAUUAAAGUCCGCACAUUCGGUCAAAAUAGAACAAGAACGUGUUUCUCAAGUGACAGUCCUGGACAACAGCACUGAAACGAAUUUGCCAUCUGGACAAAAACUGCAUGAUCUAAACCAAAGCUGCACAAGACCCGAGAUGCUUCCGACGGAAGAGAUUAAUCCAGUGUCACAAUAUGAGAUGACAAUCCAAACUGAUGGCACAGUAUCACAUGUGGAAAAGAAAGGGUACAUGACAAAUAUAUUGACACAGCUUCCGAUGACAAGUACAAAACAAACGGUAACUCAAAAGGAAGAGAACGUGACAAAUCUCUCGACACGUCCUACCAACUGCAAUACUUCAGAGGCAAUUGAAAAGGUAGAGAAAGUGACAAAUCAGUUGACUCAGCCGCCAGUUAACAGCACAACGCAAGAGACAAUACAAAAUGAACUGAAGCUGACAAAGCUAAUGCCACAGCCUACCAUCUGCUCAACCUCAGAGGCAAUUGAAAAGGUAGAGAAAAUGACAAAUCAGUUGACUCAACCGCCAGUUAACAGCACAACGCAAGAGACAAUACAAAAUGAACUGAAGCUGACAAAGAUAAUGCCACAGCCUACCAUCUGCUCAAGCUCAGAGGCAGUUGAAAAGGUAGAGAAAGUGACAAAUCAGUUGCCUCAGCCGACAGUCAACAGCACAACUCAAGAGACAGUUCAAAAGGAACUAAAGCUGACAAAUUCAAUGCCACAGCCUAACAUCUGCCACACUUCACAGGAAAUUGAAAAGGUAGAGAAAAUGACAGAUCUACUGAAGCUGACAAUGUCAAUAACACAGCCGACCAGCUGCACAUCUCGAGAAACAAUUCAGAAAGAAGAGAAGAUGACUAUGUCAGCGGCACAGAAUACAAUGACAAGUGCUAAGAAUGCCGAAUUAAACAUAACCACUAUCAAAACAGCAACGGUUAAACCUCAAUAUUUUCAACAGCAGAAGGUCCCUUUGCAUUUAAAUGAGUGUACAGUUAACAGUGACAUUCCUAACGAUGCCAGUCCUAAAGUAGACGGGAACAACCUUGGUGUAAAAGAAGAUUUAGAGGUAAAAAUUGAGCAGCCUGGACAUUUCCCUAUCAGCAAGAAGGGCCUCAUGCUUGUUGCAGCUGGAGUGGCAUUGGCUUCUUAUCUGGGAUAUCGUGCUAUCAGCUAGAUUUUGACACGAGCUAAAUGUUUUUAUUUGUUUGUAUAUGUCUUGAAGUGUGAUAUUAUCAUGUUUUAUUAUUGUUAGAUAUACUAGAUGUUUUUAGAUAAAUAUUUUUUAU